ACAAGAGGAUGGAAAAUCAAUAAUGCACCUCGGAAACGUUCAGUUUUUAGUGGUAAUACUGUAACGUAGCAAUUUCGCAACGAUCAAUAAGCGGAUACAUACGAUAGUACUUAUAUCUUGCUAUUAAACAUGGACAAUGUCACAAGAAUUUUUACUUUCUUGAACAUCCUAAUCGAUAUCCCUCAAAGAAAAAAAUCGUCUCUUUUACUUUUAAUGAUCUACGUCUUCCACUUUUAACGAAACAUGAAAUACGAGAUUGCUAUUUCAAAGUUUUCUAACGUAUAUAAUAUUUUUGCUGUCCAUCACAUUCACUGAAAUAUUCAUUUGUCUCUCAUAAGACACGCCGAGCAAGAAAAUUAGUCGAUUGCGCGUUACCAAGGGGGAAACACUGCUUCGAAAACUAUGAAGAACGCGCCGAAUUAUUAUUACAAUGUUACAAAGAGAAUGUUGUUACUGGUUGGUCAGUGGCCAUAUCAGGAAAGAAAGUCCAGGCUAUUCAGAGUUAGCUUGAUCACCGCGAUGACUUUUUCGAUGACUGUUCCACAGGUUGGCAAAAUUAUUCAAUGUGACGGAAAUGCGCAAUGUAUUACGCUAGUCAUACCAUCAUGUAUAUUGAUGGUUUUGAUUACUGUAAAGGUGUAUACAUGCCAGUUUAAUAGUAACAAAGUAUGCCAAUAUAAAAAUUUAUAUUAUGCAUUAACAGAAAAAUGUUUAGUUUUUCUUUCUAAAAUUAUCAUUUACGGCUUUCUAUGAUCGUCGCCAGGCUAAUUGAUACAAUUUCACUUAUCAAGAAUAUUUUUAGAUUAAAAAUUUUAUCGAUAAUCUACACAGCGAUUGGACAAAAUUAGAAAGUGCGGAAGAAUACGAAAUCAUGGAGACAUAUGCAAAAAAGGCAAAUUUUAUAUCUUUGGCAUACUGCUGUAAGAAAUAAAUUGUUCGAUAAAGUUAAAAUAAAAAUUAAAGCACAUUAUUUUACGAACGAUAGAUGAUUAUUUCAUUUUAUUGCAGUGUAUUAUCAUAUAUCCGCCGGUGUCUUUGUGUCACUCAGUCUUAUACCGCAUAUAGCGAAUCUCGUGUUACCUGUCAAUGAAUCCUGGACUACCUUCAUGCCUUACGAGGCGUACUACUUCGUGGACAGUGAAAAAUACUUUUUUUACAUUUUUGUCCAUGCCCUUGUGGGGGCAGAGGUAUGCUUAGCAGGAGUAAUGGCGCAUGAUUGUAUGCUUUUGACAUUCAUCGAACACGUCUGCAGCGUUUUCGCAUUGGCAGGGUAAGAAAAACUUGUAUUUUUCUUUUACAUCCACUCAACGGACGGAAGAGCGAAAUUAUUUUUUUUAAUUAUACACAGAUUUCGUUUUGAGAGUAUAACACACAACGAUCACGUAGAGAAGAGUACAUUGGACGAUAAAUACGUUCGAAAAAUAGCAAUUUCUGUACAUGCACAUUGGCAAGCUUUACAGUAAGUACACAAUAUUGCACUUAGGAUAUGAAUAUAUCUACAAAAAAAAAACAAAAGAAGAAGAAGCUACAUGUAUUACGAAAAAUUUAACCUACUACAGCUUAGCAGAAUUUCUUGAAAAUAUUUUUCGCAUUUCGUUGGCCAUCCAAGUCCUGAUUAUUACUAUAGGAAUGAGUAUUACUCUUUUGCAAGUAUGUGUCUAUUUUAUAUUACAAGUUAAUUAGCGCACAAAAAGAAUGGCUUUGGUAAAAUAUAUAAAAAUUUGAUUGGAUAGAGAAC